GGAAAUAAUUUAUGAUGGAUGUAACGAUGAAUGAAAAAGGUGCAUUGAUAACAUAGAGGAUUUUUCUCUCUCUCAUUAGACAGAAAUGACAUAUAAGACAUUUUUUGAUACAUGAGUCUGGGUCGGCUGUACAGGGCGUCAUGAAUCUCCUUGAAAACAUUGAAACCGGAAAGCCUUAAUCUAUACACAGGAAAGCUGUGACUUGUGGAAAGUGAUUGAACAAAUGUUUACAUGAGGAAAUACAGACUAUAUUAUGUCAUUAAAUAUUGUGUUGUCGACACACGCUAGGGCUUCGUGGCAGCCUCAGAAAUCAUGGGCUAAAAUUCAAAUCACCACCCCCCACACCUAACUGUUGUAUCAGUGACUCUGCCCGGAGAUUCCGUGACCACGAUGGAGGAGGAUGAUUCUAGAGAGUGGUUGUAUGAUCUCCUCACGGAAGUACAGCUGGAACAAUUCUUCUCCAAGUUACGGGACGAACUUCAAGUUACGCAGCUCUCUCACUUUGAGUAUGUUAAAACAGAGGACUUGGAGAAGAUUGGCAUGGGAAAGCCAGCCAUCCGACGUCUGCUCGAUGCUGUAAAGAAAAAGAAAGCCAGCAAAAAACCAAAGAUUCUGGACAAAAUUUUAUCAGGAACGGCCAAAAGGAUGACAGAAGAUUCUGUGAAGUCACCGCUCUCCUCUUCACGCCACUCAGGCGAACAGUCGCUGACCUGUCUCAUCAAUCAGAAACAACUGAUGCUUUGGGGGAAGCUGGGUAAUGGAUCAUUCGGAGUUGUCCGGGAGGGUGAAUGGACCACCCCUAGUGGUCGCAAGAAGAAAGUGGCUGUCAAAGUUUUAAGAGCAGAUGCCCUUGCUCAGCCUGGGGCAUUCGAGGACUUUGUUAAAGAAGUGAAUGCUAUGCACAGCCUGAAUCACCCAAACUUAAUCCAUCUCUACGGAAUUGUGCUGUCCUCACCGCUAAUGAUGGUAACUGAGUUAGCCCCAGUUGGGUCUCUAUUAGAAUACCUCAGGAAGGAGCACACAGCUGUGCUGAUAUCCACCCUCUGUGAAUAUGCUAUACAGAUAGCCAAUGGAAUGAGCUUCUUAGAAUCCAAGCACUUCAUUCAUAGAGAUCUUGCUUGUCGAAAUGUAUUACUGGCGUCGCCACAGAGGGUGAAGAUAGGAGACUUUGGUUUGAUGAGGGCAUUGUCAAAUCAGGAGGACCACUACACCAUGUCAGAGCAGAAGAAAGUUCCCUUUGCUUGGUGUGCACCCGAGAGCCUGAAAAUUCGUAAAUUUUCCCAUGCUAGUGACGUCUGGAUGUUUGGGGUGACAUUAUGGGAGAUGUUUACGUAUGCUGCAGAACCUUGGAUGGGUUUCAAUGGUUCUCAGAUCUUACAGAAGAUUGAGGAGGGUGAGAGGCUGCAUAAGCCAGAUCACUGUCCUAUCGAUACAUACGCCCUGAUGACGCAGUGCUGGGCUCUCAAACCACAGGACAGGCCCACCUUUCAGGCCCUUAAAGACUUUCUCUGUGAGAUCAAGCCACAGGACAUGAAAGUUAUAACUGGAUUUACAGAGGAGGGACAUAUAGGGAUAUCGGAGGGUGAUAUGGUGACCGUAAUAGAUGGAAGGCCUGAUUGCUACUGGUGGAGGGGUCAGAACAAGACGACCUGUGAAGUCGGGACGUUCCCUCGACACUGCGUUGAUCCUCAGCGUAAACUGGCAGGAAAUGACAUCAGCACACCUCUGAAGAAUAGUUUCAUUCACACUGGUCAUGGGGAUCCCGGAGGGAAAUCCUGGGGAGAUCCGGCAGCCAUUGAUGAAGUGUAUCUAAGGAACCCCAUGGAACCCCCAGAUCUACACAAACCUGACACAGUUUCUAAACACAUUAGAAAGAACCAACUAACACAAAGUCUAAGUGCCAGACAGCAAUUUAGUUACUCCAAGUUUGUCAAUGAAGUUGACCAUGACCUCCCAGAGAGGAAAUACCCAUCAACCUUGCCAAAGUCCAUUACAGAUGUAGGGGCUAACCGAAAGCCCCAAACAAAUGACAAAUCAUCAAGUGUUGCUCAAAGUGAUGAGAAUCUUCUCAUUGACUUCGGUGAUGGAUCAGAACUUUCUACAGCUCUAAAAAAGACAGUGCCAAAUACCUUGAGCUUGUUUGACAGUCUGACCUUGACUGAUAAUUGUGAGCAGCUGGAUAGGCCAUUGAUUCAGGAUGUGGACACGCCAAUUGACCCAUUUGACACAAAAUUCUCUCUGAGGUCGAAUUACAAUGUGAAGCCAUCACCAGUCACUCCCCAGACUGCGACAACGCCCGGGGAGAAACACAAGCCAGAUCAUGUGACUGCUCCAUUCUCGUUACCCGAGAAGACUCACCCGUUGCAUCAUGGUCAGGUGUCCGAGUCCUUUGAAAACAAGAGACAUCAGAUAGAGGAAAAACUAGGCAAUAAUCCGCUUCAUCAGUUUAGAACCAAUGAACUAAAUGUAGGAACUUAUUUGUCAGGAAGUCAGAUUCAUGUGGUGAACAAUGCACCUGUAGAGGACAAAAAACUGUAUUCUAAAGUCAAUAAUAAGACAACUGAUAAAGCAUUCGAUUGGUUGAAUGAUGCAAUGAGUGAUUUUGGUGUGUCAAAAAAUAAGACCUACAGCAAUGUGGCAGGGCCGCCAUUGUAUGAUGAGGUUCCCAAUGAAGAGGAAUGUAGUACAGCUGAUGAGAAGUUACAGAGGAUACACAACUCUCUCAACAACUGUAGUAGAAGUAGUAGGCCAUUGUAUGAUGAAGUGCCAGAUGAGGUGGAGACAGGUGAUGUUAAAAGUUUCUUUCCUCCCUCAGUCUGCACACUUCCAUCGUCCACCAAAUCUAAUGCUAAUCCAUUCUAUGCUCCACCUAGUGCUGUGUCAGACGACGAAUGGGACUCUUUCGAUUCGGACUUUGAUGACGAGGAAGAAGAAGUGGGAGCAGUUGUGGGAGCCACAGCCCGCCUCAUGAAAUCUGACCACCUAGAAAAACCCCCUCCAUUACCCCCACGAGAUUAUCUUUCAAACAGUUUAGACUCUAGAAGAGAUGCUUUGAAAAAGAGAAAUGAAAAAGCGAGAAUUUUCCCUGUUCUUCAAGAUGGUAAACAAAUGAGCUCAACCCAUUAUUUUUUGAUCCCACCAAAAGGAUGUGAUAACAAUCAUACAAACACUGCUGCUGUGCGGCCGUUCUCUGUGGAUGGGAACCAGCUAGACCACAGGAAACAGAGACCACACACCGUGUCUGAGUAUCAGAAUGUGUCAGAUGUGGAGUAUGCCAACAACAAGUGUUUAGGUAAAUCUCAGUUGGAGAAUGGUGACAGACUGUCCUGGUCUGGAAUGACCGGGCUGAAAUCCGUCGGGAGGUUAUCCAAUGAUUUAGGCAAAUCCAAACCCAAUAAUAGAACUGUACCACGGUCAGUCCCAAACUCGGCUAAAUCAGUGGAACCCAAUUUCCUGUCCUCAUCUCCCAGGGACAAAGUGUUGCUGGUCCAGAAGAACGUGUUGGGAGUGACUGAUGAAGAAUGCCAUGCAGCAUUAUGUCAGACAUCGUGGGAUGAAAGAGAGGCCAUGAAAUACUUAAAAACAGAACAGCUCUUCCGACUAGGAUUGACGACGCGAGAAAACUGUGAACAGCUUUUGGAAGCGCUGAACUGGAACCUGGAGUUGGCCAGUUCAGUGCUGUUGGACGAGUUCCGUAGUCAGGGGAAGUCCGUGGAGUCCACGGUGUAACUUGUACCACAUUCACUCCUCAUGCAGUAUAUUCUUACCACAUUCAGACAGAUUAUUUAUUGCCGUUCGUGUUAGUCAUUAUUCAUUAGACCAAACUAUUUUACAUUUGAUAUUCAAGUCAUGUUUUUAAAAGAAUCACAUUGAAAUGAUAUUGUAAAAUACACAAUUACCCGGUAGUCAGAUUAAUUUUUCAGGGUUAUUUUAUUAUAUGGUACAGAUGCAUAUUUUCCUAGUAUAUUACUAUUGUGGAGAAAAGAAAAAUUAAGUUUAUUUUUCAUUAUCUAUUAAUUGUCACUUUCAUUUAAGCAGAUGGAACAUUUCAUGGUUAUAUCAUAUAGACAUGUUUUGUCAUUAGAUAUUAUUGUUGGUAUUUUCAAAGUAGAUUGUGGUCAACAUUUAUAAGUAAAUCCCAAUCAGCAAUACUGAUAAAAACAGGACUUCUAUCUAAAAACAGCCCAAACUCAACUGUCGUAUCAUGGCUUACGUCUGAACACUAAACUAACAGUGGGUCUCUCGAGAUUCUCUCCUCUUGUUUGAACUCUUAGGCUACCAGCGUGUCAUCUCUUUAGUGUCGGAGGAGGUGUGGUCCAAUUUGUAACUACAUGUAUGUCGUGGUAGAAUCAUUACCAAAGACAAAUGAACUAAUAGGAAUGGCCAGUAAAGUAUUAAAUUUACACAAGAGCAAAAAUAUAAUCAAGAAUUGAUCGUUAAAUAGACAUGAGCGUGUAUGCCAUCCGUCAGAAACUGUAUUCACCCUAUAUAAUGCCCUACAUCAGGAAGUCCCCCAAGGAACUGAAUAUAAGCACCCUAAUUUUGUUUAACCCACAAGAAUGCAAACUAUUUCAGAUCAGUGUAAUAUCUUUUUUUUGUAUUUUGUAUAUUACAAAAUGAUAAAGAUUAUUUACUACAUUCAGUGAUGUUGCAGUACAUAAUGACAAAGACUUGGCCAGUUACUGUAGACCAGUUUAUAUAUUUUAGGUUUUUAUAUAUUUAUUUUUAAUUUCGUGGGAGUGUAAACUAACAAUAUUUCCUUUUUGUGUCAGUCAUGUAAAAUUAAUCAUUCACAAAAUAUUCUCUGUUAGUGUAAAAAUUAACUACUUGUGAAAGGUUUCUUGCAUAAAUGAAAUCUCACAAAAACUUUCCGACAAUAUUUUAUAAUAAGAAACUAAGCUUUUCAGGGUCCAAGUUCUCAAUUGCAUAAGUUAUUAUCCCAUCACAAUUCAUUGUGAGAGGGGAUAUAAAAUGGGGCUGUUUGUGUGUUGGUGAGUAUAAAUGUGUUUGUGUGUAACAGCGAGAUUGUAGACACUCUUUUUCUCAAUUGAUAUGAUAUUUUACAUGUAGCUUUGUUAUCAAGAGAUGACGAACUCUAAUGAUUUUGAGGUCAAGGUCACGACUGAACUUCUUAGAAAAAGGUUGUAGAUCCUCUAAAGGCCACAUUUCUUCUCGAUUGAAUGUAGCUUCGUUAUUAAGAGAGGAAGAAAACUUAUGAUAUUGGGGUCAAAAGGUCAAGGUCACUAUGGGUCGUCAUAUAAAAAUUUUCAUUUACUGAUUACCUUUGAACUCUUGUCAUUUUGUUGAGUAUCUCUUUAGGUUCAUUAUCUUCCACUAUAGUGAUGAAAUUAAUCUGACACUGAAUUUUGAAUUUCUUAUACCAUAGACUUACACUACAUAACCAAUGUGACACGUUUUAUCUGACUUCUGUCAUUUUGCCCAUUAUCAUGGUACUCUCACAGUGAAUGAGUGUCUCCUCGUGCUGUCUGUUCCCUGGCUUUAACAUGUGUAAUUAUCAUCCAUUCACACACAUCUAGAUUCCUAUGACGAAAGGCACACAGAUAUUUUGUACUGUGUGGACUAUUGAAGUACAAGUUACUGAUAUUAAGAAUUUUGACAUGCUGUCUAAGCAAUAACAGAAUCUUCUCUGCUGCCAGUUUUUUUUUUUUUUAUUGACUACAAAUACACCUACAUGUAACAAUGCUAGGAAGCAGCAUGUAUGUGUAUUGUUGUAUACUACAAAUUAAAUAAAUAAAAUGGAAAAAUUGAAACUCAG